UGUGUGUGUGUGUGUGUGUGACUGGGAAGUGAGAAAUAGUCUGGAAGUAGAUUAAACGCCAAACUAAGAUGUUUGCGUCUUAAUAUAGAGUAUUGACUUUAUUAAAGGAAAAGUAAAUGACCAGUUUAUGAUAGCAGUCCAAUUCAGAGAUGCAAACCUGAUCUUAGAGAAUGACAGAAACUUUUAGAUAUUAAAUGUGACAAGAUUGAUUGGAUGAUGUCGUUAUUAAGAGAGAAGGAAAAAAUCAAGGUGAAUUCUUCUGCUUGGAAAAUAAGAUAAAUGAUAGCGACAGCAGUGUAGGAGAUUCAGGAGUCAUAGCAAUAUAUUUAUUUUUGCCUUAGACAUAGGCAUAAAGUCUGUGACAGUGAGAUUCUUUAGGGAAAAGAAAGUGAGGAAGUAAAAUGACAAAAUCUCAAGAAAACAGCGUUUAAAGGAUAAGACAUCCUUGAAGUUACCAGAAGAUCUGUAAUUUAGUAUUUGCAAUACUAGGAGGAAGUAAGUCACUUGAUCGAGAAGGUAGUACCAACUGCUUCAGACUUUUCUUUAGAGGAAGACAAAAGAUGGAUCAUUUGAUUUUGGUAAUGUGCUGGUGACUUAAAGUAAUCAUAGUGAACUGGUGCCCGCAGACUUGAGAAGUUCAAACAAUAGAAGCAACUUUUUGGUUUUUUUGUUUUUAAGACAGUGUCUAAUGUAGCCCAGGUUGACCUCGAGUUUGAUACACAGCUGAGGGUGACCUUGAACUCUAGGUCCUCUUUCCACCUCCCUGUGCUGAGAAUUGUAAACAUGUGACACCGUGCCUGGUGUAGUAGAAACAUUUUUAAAGUGUGAGUUGGCUUCACAGAAACACUUUAAAAGUUCGGUGGGUGUGGUGGCACAUCCCUUUGUUCCCAGAAUUUAGGAAGAUGUCUGAAUUUGAGACCUACUGAUCCAUGUAGUGAGAUCUAGGCCAGCCAGGGCUACAUAAUAAGACCCCGUCUCAAAAAAAAAUGUGACAGUAGAGCAUUUGCCUAUCAGGUGCAAGCCCCUGGAUCUGAGGUUCAGUCUCCAUCACCAAAGGGGGGAAAUUAAAGUGUAGGAAGAAAUUUUGCUUCUAUGGGGAGGCUUAGCUAAUAAUGCAUUUUAUUCAAGUAUUCACUGGGCACUUUCUGUAUACAUGGCAAUUCUAAACACAAGGAAAAUUUAAAAUUGAUACAGACAUGUAUCUGUCCUGGAAGGUUAGGGAGACAGACAGGGAGUAACUAUGUUAAUUAUUUAGUUAUGGUUGGAUAGCUACUAAAAGCAUAGCUAGACAACCUUGACAGCCUAUCAGAGUCUGGGAAAGUCAGGUUCUGGGCUGAACUUUGAAGAACGAGCAGAAAUCCAGUAGGCGAGUGGGUAAGGUGGGCGUGGGAGGAGGAAGACAGCUCUUGGGAAGCUGCUGGUGAGUGUGAGGCGCUCACCAGGCCAGAGCAGAGCAGAGAGAUGGCAUGGCUGAGUGAGAUAAGCAGGGUGGGAAGUGCAGAACGCAAGCAUACGGAGUCACUGGAAGCUGGCAGCCUGCGUGAUGAUUCCGAAAGGAACUAGAGUGGGACUUUGAAGUCGAGGAUGAAGAAGAUGGCGGCGGAAACUGAAAACAGUGGGAAAACUGGUUUGUAGAGUGUCACCGAAGAGGAAGGGGAUGGGAUGGUGACACAGAUAGGCGAGGCUUCUCUUUUGAGAAAAUGCAAAUGAAUCUUUCACAGAUAAAUCCAUCAUUUCAGGGCUGGCAUGUUAAGAAUGCCUACCUACCAUGCAGGAGACCCUAGGUCUGAUCCCCACCACUGCAUAAACCUGGCAUAUAUACACAGGACUAUUAGGUCUCAACACAUGGGAGGUAGAUAUACAAGAAUCAGAAAUUCAUUUUUGCUCAUCCUUUGCUACAUAACAAGUUUGAGGCCAGCCUAGGCUACAGAGACCCUGUCACCAAAAGAAAAAAGAAAAAAAAAAUACACUUUCAAAUGAGGGGAAACUGAACUGCACUUCAUUUUUUAAUGUUGAGUGACAUAUUUUCAGAAAAUGAUUUUUAAAAUUAAUUUUUAGUUAUGCAUCUGUGUGGAUGGUGUCUGUUUAUGCACGAGUGCAAGUCCUCUUGCCGCCCAGCAGCACUGUGUUCCCGCCAGACCUGGAGUUGAGGCACUUGUAAGCCACUCAGCAUGGGAAGUGCAAACCACACUCUGGUCCUCUGGAAGAACAGCCAGUGCUCUUAUCCACUGAGCAUCCCUCCAGCCCCUGCACUCUACUUUUGUGUGUCGGUCUGUUUGUUCUAUUUUGUUUUUCCUUUCAAACAGCAUCUUAAGCCAGGCAUGGUGGCGCACGCCUUUAAUCCCAGCACUCGGGUGGCAGAGGUAUUGAAAACCUCCCAUUUGAAUUACAGAGAAACUUUCAGCUCAUGAGGGACCUAGACCAAAGGACAGAGGACCUGAAGGCUGAAAUUGACAAGUUGGCCACUGAAUAUAUGAGUAGCGCCCGCAGCCUGAGCUCCGAGGAAAAACUGGCCCUUCUCAGACAGAUCCAGGAGGCCUAUGGCAAAUGCAAGGAAUUUGGUGACGACAAGGUGCAGCUUGCCAUGCAGACCUAUGAGAUGGUGGACAAACACAUUCGGCGACUGGACACAGACCUGGCCCGCUUCGAGGCUGAUCUGAAGGAGAAGCAGAUCGAGUCAAGUGACUAUGACAGCUCUUCCAGCAAAGGCAAAAAGAAAGGCCGGACUCAGAAGGAGAAAAAAGCUGCCCGUGCCCGUUCCAAAGGGAAAAACUCAGAUGAAGAAGCCCCCAAGGCUGCCCAGAAGAAGUUAAAACUUGUGCGCACAAGUCCUGAGUAUGGGAUGCCCUCAGUGACCUUUGGCAGUGUCCAUCCCUCUGAUGUGUUGGAUAUGCCUGUGGAUCCCAACGAACCCACAUAUUGCCUUUGUCACCAGGUCUCCUAUGGAGAGAUGAUUGGCUGUGACAACCCAGAUUGCUCCAUCGAGUGGUUCCACUUCGCCUGUGUGGGGCUGACCACCAAGCCUAGGGGGAAAUGGUUUUGCCCACGCUGCUCCCAAGAACGAAAGAAGAAAUAGCUUUCCUUGGAUCUCAUGCCAGAUUUCUUCCGAAUCCCCCUGCCCUGGGCUAGUGACAGAGAGGAGCACCUCUGCCGGGGCACUGGGGGUCCAGGGAGAUGUCGACAGUGCAGUCCUGUCCUUCUUCUCCCUUCCCCCACUCCUGGUGCUGAGGCUGCAUCCAGACCCUGGUAGGGAGGGUGCCACAGCCAUGGACGGUAUGUGCUCCGUUCCACUCUCUCCUUCAGAGGGAAGUAAUCCCACUCACUGUCCUUCUGCCUCCGUGGUGAGGUUGGUGCUGUAUUUCAGAGGGAGGGUCCUCUUCAUUCCCUUGCUUUGUGUUUAAGGACUGGGCCAGUGGAGUGGGCACUCUCCCAGGCUCCUCCAUCUUCCCUUCCCCUACUGGGGCUAGGUAGGAUAAACUUCUUCAUUCUUUUUUCCAUGGUGAGGGAUCUUGUAGAUCACUUGGACUCUGGCCUAGCUGAGUGAUUCCCCCUUCCUCUGUGACCCGGGGAUUCAUCCUGACUUUGAAUGGGAGAGGGUAAGGUGGAGCACAGAUAACUCACAUGUAAAAGGAACUGGGGUAGGUAAAUAAAAGCUAUCCAUGCUAGCCUGCUGUGUUUAUUGUAGAGACUGUCUCCGUACAUGUGAUAAGCAUUCUUUCUGCAUCCUCUGGAUUGGAUGAGAGGCAGGAGGAUGGCUUGCCAGAAGUAGGACAAGAUGUGAAACCAUAAUGAUACUUGUCCUGUGGUAUCCACACCUUUUCCACCUGGAGGGGUGCCUUGCAUCGGGGGACUCAGAACUUUGUAAUUAUGCAUCUGCUCUCGGUGAAACACUUUUCACUUAAUUCCAAUAAAUCAUGUAUUUGCGUUA